AUGGUACUCGGGUGUUUAGCCAUUACUCUUUCUGCUACACCGUCUGAGGAAGAUCAAUCGUCUCUUGACUUCAUUAAUAAUGAUGACGAGGGAAAUUCUGAUCUUCCCUGGCCAGAGAACGAAGAAACAACUUCAUCUUUACGAGGGCCAAACCGCUUUCUGGCCCAGACCCGGGCUGUCAUGACAUGUGACAAGUACCCUAGGGUUUGUCGUGUCAUUGGCAGCCCCGGACCAGAUUGCUGCAAGAAGAAGUGUGUGAAUGUGAUAACAGACAGACUCAACUGUGGCAUGUGUGGUAAGAAGUGCAAGUAUCCUGAGAUUUGCUGCAAGGGGCAGUGUGUGAACCCGAUGUCUAACAAGAAAAACUGUGGGGGCUGCAGCAACAAGUGCAAGAAAGGGAGUACAUGUCAGUAUGGAAUGUGCAGCUAUGCAUAG